AUGUUUUUCAAGUAAGAAAUUGUAUGUAGUUAGCUUCGCUCGUUUUUUCAAUCAGCAAUAGCAAUUGGAUAAUUUGUUAACCAAUCCUGAUUGCGAUUUGGAGACGAUUUUAUCAACAGAAGGGAUAUUGCAAGAAAUAAAAGGAUUAGGGGCUACCAAAUUUGCUGAUCAGUAUUAUUCUAAGCAUAUUACAUAGCGUCUUAAAGCAUCCAGAAAUGUAUUAAAAAAUGAUUAAUUACAUUAUUUAAUUUGAAGAUGAACUCAUUGAUAAGAAGACUCAAAUUUAGUAAAUUUCUUAUUUAUCCCUUUAGAUUCCCCUUUCUGACAAGCGAGAUCUUGGGUAGUUAAAAUUAGAAAUUGAUUGAUUACCUAUUUGAAUGUCCUGAGGAGGAAAUAUAAUUUGAAAAUUAAUAAAUACGCUAAGGAUUAUACAGCUAACUCUUGUCUUUCUUGGAGAAUGAUAUUCUGAAUGUUACUUCAGCAGGAUAUUUUGCAAAAGCAUUCAUAGCAAUAAUUAAGAAGAGAGGCUUUGACGUAUGAUAUUUUUAAAUAAUUAGGUUUGGGCAACGAUCAUCAAAAACAAAGCAAUACUAUCAAACCUAAUAAAACACAUCGACAUAAAGCACAUCGCAGAAAUAAUUGAGAAGUUGAUAAUUUUGGAUACGUCCCAAGAAAAUUACGAAGAGAAAUUCUUUGAAGAAAGAAAGGAAUUAUUGGAAAGAAUAAUUAAAUUAUUAUAACACAAAUCUUACAACACCGAGAUAGUGGAUAACGUUUGUGAUAUUUUGAUUGAGAUCACCUCCAAGAGUAUGAGUUCUCUCUAUUACAACAACGGGGAGAUAAUCCCAUUUAUUGAUAUCAUCAAGAAACCUGACUUAUUUUUGAAUAUCGCCUUGUAAACCCAGCGUAUAGGACCCUAUCAAUUGCUGAUUAAUUUGGUGGAGAUGCAAUCAAAAGAGACCAAAAAGGAAGACGAUGACGAAGUCGUUCACAAUUUGGAGAAAGACUAUUCAAUUUUUGAGUCCAUCCUACCUGAAUUGCCUCCCAACCUCUUGAACCAAGAUUAUCACACGAGCAACUUUGUUAACUCUAAUCGAUCUUCUAUCCAACCCUUUGGAUUAGCUAGAAUGCACUUGCUCAAACUAAUUCAAGUUCUUGUUCAGUAAUUAAUAUAUCGAUAUAAUUAAAAAGAACCAACGAUUACAAAAUCAUCAAGAUCCUAAUAAAUUGCAGACUUAUUUAAGCAUUGUACGUUAUCAUCCUUAAGUAUGAAUCAAACAAUUAAAUCCACGCAUGUUGUGAUAAAAUACUCAGAGCUAUUAUUGAUCUUAAUCAAGAUGAUUUCACUCAAGAUGUAAAGUAUUUUUAAUUCUUUCAAUAGGUUUUUGAAAAUAAUGAUCUUCUCAAUUAUAUUGUAUAAAAUCACACUGUUGAAAAUUCAAAAAAAGGAUUCAUUGGAUUUAUGACUCAGAUUUCUAAUUACCUUGAAGAAAAGGCUAAACAAAACAGCAAAAUUUCAAAGUUCCUUCGAAACAGUAUUGAUUGAUUUUCCAUAUUAAUAGAUGAGCAAUGGUAGCAAUUUACAGAAAAUAUCUUGAACACUGUGAAUUCAAAGGAGAAACCUUACUUGUGUAAUGCCAAUCCAAGACCAAGUUAAGAACCUGAUGUUCUUGACGAAUAAGAAACUGACAAUAUCUUGAACAUUCUGAGAGUAUUUUCAUUAAUAAGCAUUGCUAGAAAUUUAACAAUAAUUUUUAGAAGAGUGACAAGCACGUCGGAAAUAAUGAAAAUGGAGAAGGAGUCUUAAGGAAUACUGAAGUGUUGAAUGAAUUUGAGCAAGAUUAAUAGGAGGACAAUGCUGAGGAGGAAGGUGUUUAAGAGGAAUAGGAUCAAUAGGAUAAAUAGAAUGAUGAAGAUGAUGACAAAGUUAUGUAGGAAUAUAAUGAGAGCAAUUUCUGGAAAUUAGAUGUCAAUGAGAAAUUAGCUUAAGAAUUGUUGGAUAAUUUUGAAUGA